AUGCGUUUAACAGAUCAAUCAUCAACAUUAAUAAACAAAGAUAAUAAUAAAAAUAAAUAUUUUAUAACAAAAACAGCAUAUUUAUCAGUUGAAUUAAAUCCACAUAACUUACUGUAUUUAAUAUUAUUAGUCAAGCAAAAACAAUUGCCAAAAGAAUCACUAAACAUUUAUUUAUCAAAUUCACAAUCAUGUGAAGCUAUGUUUCGUAAUACACGGUCACUAAGUGGUGCUUAUUCAACAAUAAUUAAUUUUACAGUUCAUAAAUUCCUUCAACGAACUAGAAAGCUAGCAAUACUAAAUAAAAUAAGAUGCCAUGAAUUAAUACGCCAAGAUGAUGGGAAUAUACUUUUUCCAAUUCAUCACAAACAUAAAAUUGACAAUGAUUUAUUAGCAGUAUCAAAUUUAGAUGAUAUUGGUUAUUUUGAUAUAGAGCAAAUUAUAUUUGAAUCAUAUGAUGCAUCAAUUAAGUUAAUUGAAAAUUUAGGAAUAUCAACAUUAUUAAAAAAGCAUCGAAUAUAUGAAUUAGAACAAUUAAGUAAAUUUAUAUUUAAUGAAUUAAAUUCAAAGUCAAAAACGUUUGAUAAUUCAGCAAGAACAACAAACAAUAACGACGAUGAUGAUAACACUAGUUGCGACGAUGAUAAUUAUAAAUCAGAAAACAAUGAUGAUGAGAAUAACGAUAACGAUAAUAUUUCCGAUAAUGAUGAUGAUAAUGUAUCUGAUAAUGAAGAGGAUGAAACUAUUCAAUCAACAAAAACAAUUUUUUUUGGAAUACAUAUCAAAGAUAAAAUCAGUCCUUAUUUGGUAAAUUCAUAUUUCAAACUAAAAAUUAAUAAUAUCAUUAAAUAUUUACACGAACAAUCAGCAUUAUGGCUAUUGCCUGAGAAAACUGAUCGUCCAUCGAUCGACAGAUUUUCACGAGUUAUGCAAUCAAGUAAAAUUGAAUAA